GCUUCCUUCCCGCCCCAGGAAGUAGAACCCGCUCGCAUCUAACACCGGUUGGCUCGAGAAAGAAAAUGACUUGAGUUAUCACUUGGCCUUGAAAGUCGGGUCAAGGAGAUUCCCUAAAUUCCGCGGCGCCUGUAACGUGACUUAGACGCCCGCAAUUCACCGGAAGACGAGCGGAGUGGGCGGGGCGCGCGAAGCGCCGGGACACGGAAGUCACCCGGGACGGCGCGUCGGAGAGUUCUUUAUUUCGGCAGUCGCUUAUUUCAGCCUGGCUGAAGUCUGGCGCGCUCGGCGGCGAUCUGCUCCCUCGGUGCUCGACUCACCCGCGCUGCUGCCUCCGCUGAAGGAGGAGCAAAGCUCAAGAUGGCCGACAAAACGCCAGGCGGAUCUCAGAAGGCCAGUUCAAAGAGCCGAUCAUCGGAUGUACAUUCAUCUGGGUCUUCAGAUGCGCAUAUGGAUGCAUCUGGACCCUCAGAUAGUGAUAUGCCAAGUCGAACACGACCCAAAAGCCCAAGAAAACACAAUUAUCGGAAUGAAAGUGCCCGUGAAAGCCUUUGUGAUUCUCCUCAUCAGAAUCUCUCAAGACCUCUUCUAGAAAACAAGCUUAAAGCAUUCAGUAUUGGAAAAAUGAGCACAGCAAAACGAACUCUAAGUAAAAAAGAACAAGAGGAGCUGAAGAAAAAGGAGGAUGAAAAGGCAGCUGCUGAAAUUUAUGAGGAAUUUCUUGCUGCUUUUGAAGGAAGUGAUGGUAAUAAAGUGAAAACAUUUGUUCGAGGCGGGGUUGUUAAUGCAGCUAAAGAUGAACAUGAAACAGAUGAAAAAAGAGGUAAAAUUUAUAAACCAUCUUCAAGAUUUGCAGAUCAGAAAAAUCCUCCAAAUCAGUCAUCUAAUGAAAGGCCGCCAUCUCUUCUUGUGAUUGAAACGAAAAAACCCCCACUGAAGAAAGGGGAGAAAGAAAAGAAAAAAAGCAAUUUGGAACUUUUCAAAGAGGAACUAAAACAAAUUCAGGAAGAACGUGAUGAGAGACAUAAAACAAAAGGCAGGUUAAGUCGAUUUGAGCCUCCUCAGUCAGAUUCUGAUGGUCAGCGACGUUCUAUGGAUGUGCCUUCAAGAAGAAAUCGAUCAUCUGGUGUUCUUGAUGACUAUGCACCUGGCUCACAUGAUGUAGGAGAUCCAAGUACCACUAAUUUAUACCUUGGAAACAUUAAUCCACAGAUGAAUGAAGAAAUGCUGUGUCAAGAAUUUGGAAGAUUUGGACCAUUAGCUAGUGUAAAAAUUAUGUGGCCUAGAACUGAUGAAGAACGAGCAAGAGAAAGAAAUUGUGGCUUUGUGGCUUUUAUGAAUAGAAGAGAUGCUGAAAGAGCUCUAAAAAAUUUAAAUGGAAAAAUGAUUAUGUCUUUUGAAAUGAAGUUAGGUUGGGGUAAAGCUGUACCUAUUCCUCCACAUCCAAUAUACAUUCCGCCUUCUAUGAUGGAACACACACUCCCCCCACCUCCAUCCGGACUGCCUUUUAAUGCGCAGCCUAGAGAGCGGUUAAAAAACCCCAAUGCUCCCAUGUUACCACCACCUAAAAACAAGGAGGAUUUUGAGAAGACUCUGUCGCAAGCCAUAGUCAAAGUGGUUAUCCCAACAGAAAGGAAUUUGCUCGCCCUGAUACACCGAAUGAUAGAAUUUGUUGUACGUGAAGGGCCAAUGUUUGAAGCUAUGAUUAUGAACAGAGAAAUCAACAAUCCUAUGUUCAGGUUCUUAUUUGAAAACCAGACACCAGCCCAUGUCUACUACAGGUGGAAGCUUUAUUCUAUUCUGCAGGGAGAUUCUCCAACUAAAUGGCGGACAGAAGAUUUUCGUAUGUUCAAAAAUGGAUCUUUUUGGAGGCCACCACCAUUAAAUCCAUACCUUCAUGGGAUGUCAGAAGAGCAAGAGGCGGAGGCCUUUGUGGAAGAGCCCAGUAAAAAGGGAGCACUCAAGGAAGAACAGCGGGAUAAAUUAGAAGAAAUCUUGCGAGGAUUAACGCCAAGGAAAAAUGAUAUUGGAGAUGCCAUGGUUUUCUGUCUUAAUAACGCUGAAGCUGCUGAAGAAAUAGUGGAUUGCAUUACUGAGUCAUUGUCUAUCUUAAAGACACCUCUUCCCAAGAAGAUUGCCAGAUUAUAUUUGGUGUCUGAUGUUUUGUACAACUCUUCAGCCAAAGUUGCCAAUGCUUCAUAUUACAGGAAAUUUUUUGAAACAAAGCUAUGUCAGAUAUUUUCAGACCUCAAUGCUACUUACCGUACAAUUCAAGGCCAUUUACAAUCUGAAAAUUUUAAGCAACGGGUAAUGACCUGCUUCAGAGCAUGGGAAGACUGGGCAAUCUAUCCAGAACCAUUUCUGAUCAAACUUCAAAAUAUUUUCUUAGGACUUGUAAAUAUCAUUGAAGAAAAGGAAACAGAGGAUGUGCCAGAUGAUCUUGAUGGUGCUCCCAUUGAGGAAGAGCUUGAUGGUGCACCUCUGGAAGAUGUGGAUGGAAUUCCCAUUGACGCCACUCCCAUUGAUGAUCUCGAUGGAGUCCCUAUAAAAAAUCUUGAUGAUGAUCUGGAUGGAGUGCCUUUGGAUGCAACUGAAGACUCAAAGAAGAAUGAACCCAUAUUUAAAGUAGCCCCGUCAAAAUGGGAGGCUGUAGAUGAAUCUGAAUUGGAAGCACAAGCUGUAACAACUUCUAAGUGGGAGCUAUUUGACCAGCACGAUGAAUCAGAAGAAGAAGAAAACCAAAAUCAAGAGGAAGACAGUGAAGAUGAAGAGGACACUCAGAGUUCCAAGUCGGAAGAACAUCAUUUAUACUCUAACCCAGUCAGAGAAGAGAUGACCGAGUCUAAGUUCUCCAAGUACUCUGAAAUGAGUGAAGAGAAGCGGGCUAAGCUUCGUGAGAUUGAGCUCAAAGUUAUGAAGUUUCAAGAUGAAUUGGAAUCUGGAAAGAGACCUAAAAAACCAGGCCAAAGCUUCCAGGAACAAGUGGAGCACUACAGAGAUAAACUGCUACAGCGAGAGAAGGAGAAAGAAUUAGAAAGAGAACGAGAAAGAGACAAAAAAGAUAAAGAAAAAUUGGAAUCCCGAUCCAAAGACAAGAAGGAGAAAGAUGAAUGUACUCCAACAAGAAAAGAAAGGAAAAGACGACACAGUACUUCUCCCAGCCCAUCUCGAAGUAGCAGUGGUAGGCGAGUGAAAUCCCCAUCACCAAAAUCAGAACGUUCAGAACGGUCAGAAAGAUCUCAUAAAGAAAGCUCACGGUCCAGGUCAUCUCACAAGGAUUCUCCUAGAGAUGCUAGUAAGAAAGCCAAAAGGUCGCCUUCUGGUUCAAGGACGCCUAAAAGGUCUAGGCGGUCUAGGUCUAGGUCGCCUAAGAAAUCAGGGAAGAAAUCCAGAUCCCAGUCCCGGUCUCCACACAGGUCUCAUAAAAAGUCAAAGAAAAACAAACAUUGACAUAUAUUUUUAAGAUGCUGUCGCUUAUUGGAAAUGCAAGUUUGUUUUGUGCCUGAAUGGUCUGUUUGGUUUUUUUUGUUUGUUUGUUUGUUUUUGUUUUGUUUUGUUUUUUAAAUAAAAACACACACACAAACACAAUUCUAAUGAAAGAGCAUUCCUGGGGUUUUUGUUUGUUUGUUUGUUUGUGAAUGCAUGUGUAAACUCAUGAGUAACUGCAUCUGUAGACCUGUCAUUGUUUUAUAUUGUAUAAAUUACUUUUGUUGUGGCUGUUUCUCAAGAUGAAAUUUUUAUUGUGCUAAUGAAUUUCAUCAGAAAUGUGUACAAUGGAUCUGCUGGCAGCAGUAGUAUUUGUUUUAGGAUGUUGUGACUUAGACACAUAAUACAGAUGUCUUCCCCUCUUUUGUAGCUUUGACAAUUUGAAUUAGAUUUCAAAUAAAAUCUGAACAGAAAACUAUAAUGUUGUUUUUUUGCCCAGUUGGUGACACCAAGUCCCUUAAAGACCUACUAAGUGAAUUUGGCACUACUGCUGUUUUAUACCGAGUGCACUUUACGAGCUCCAGUGUUCACGCAGCUAGUGUUUUGUAGUUACUCAGAUGACUACCAAAAGUAAGGGACCGGUAAGAAGACGUCCAUACCCAGAGAUCAGAAGGCUUAAGUGAGUGGGUAUGAUGUGGUAUUUGUUAGUGUAAUGCCCAGUUAAAAGUUGGUUUUCAAAGAAGCAACAUGAUUUCAAAGCACUCAACCCAUCUUCUGAGCAAUUACAUAGUUUAGGGUAAAUUUAAUUUUUAUCUUCUAUCAUGAAACAAGUUUAUUUAUAAAAGAUUUUAUAAAAAAGAUUUGCCAUAGAAUUCUUUUGUAUAAUAGUUGCCUUUUUAUAAUUGUAGGUUAUCUUUAAAACACUGGUAUCAUGAUAUUUGUACAAAUUUGUUUGAAACAGCUUUUCUAUUUUGAAGGAUUUGGUUUGAAGUACAGCUUUAAAUAAAAAUUGAAAAUUAAAUGGUUUCCAGGCAAUUUAAACACCCAGUGGUUUGUAAAUUCAAGGUGCAAAAAGUUGACUUAAACCAUUUGCAGAGUUAAAUUAUGUUAUAAACAGGAAAGAACUUGCUGUAGUCUGAGGGAGAAAUAGGAAAACUUGUGAAUGUUGAUCAAAACACUGCCGUGAAUAUAAUGUAAUAAAGGGUUACAUAGACUCGGACUAACACUGUUGUUUGUCAAUCUUACUUUCAAUUUUUCAGUUAGGUACUUUAUGUAGUUAGUUAUGUUUCUCUCUAAUAAUGGAUUGUUUGGAUUUAACUUACUUUUUAAAAUCCUUUCACCUUGUUUACUUAAUCUUGCCUAAUCACAAAAUAAGGCUCCGUGAUUUGGGGGGUAGUCCUGUCAGCUGUAUAGUAAGGCAUGUUUUGCUUACCCAGCACAUCUACAGCAGCUGUAGAAAUGAGCCAGUCAUAUUGUCUGACAUAGUGGUUCUUAGCAUGAAAACAUUGUUCAGUCCUUUGUUUACCUGCUUUAUUAGGAAAUAUUAGUUCCUUAAAGUUGCUUAGAAUAAUUUAUGUGAACAUUUGGUGCUGAUAAAUACAGCUGUUACAAAAGGAACAUGUUUUUCUUUGGUGUUCAUUGUCUGGGAGAGUGGCAUUUUAUAUCAUCUUUCUUUUCAGGAAGAUAGUGUGGAAUUGCUGGUAGUUGUGGCAUUCUUCAUUCUUUGGGUCUUUAGAUAGGCCAAGAAAUAAUUGGUCAGAAAGUGAUUUUCUUUCUUUCUUUCUUUUUUUUUUUUUUUCAGUCAAGUCAUGAGGGAUAGUUACUUUUCUCUAAAGUACAAAAACCUUAGCUUGGUUUGGGGUGUUUAUUUGUGGUGUUUUCUACUGCGGUGGAUCCAUAUGUAACUAUUAUAGUUAAAUCUUGCAACAGAUAGACUUGGCUUCCUUCUGGGUAGGUGGGAAAUUACUUAGACCUGAUAGAAUAUUUUCUGGAGUUUUCUAAUGUAUAUAUUAUUAGGUUGUGUUGAAUUUUGGUUUUUUUGAAUUGUAAAUAGCAUUAACUAGGUUAUUUCCAAUUUUACUUUAUGAGGAAACAUCUAGAAUAAGCUGUUAAAAUUCACAAUGGAAUCAGGUGGCACACACCUGUUAAUCCCAGCAUAGAGAUGUGAUGACUGUAAACUCGGGAGUUGAGACCAGCUUGGGCAAUAGAGUGAGAUCCUGUUCAAAAACAUGUUCCCUGUAAGUGUCAUGGGGUUAGGAACUGGUGUGAUUCUUACAAGAAGGGAGCUGUUCUGCAUAUUUUUUCUAAUAGCUUAGUUUUCCUAUCUAAAGAACACAUAGCAUAAUUUCUGUGAGUUGACUUAAGUGUUCAUAAAUGAUCUGAGAAUUAUAGGAAAGAUGGUUCCAGCUGUGUGACUCAAAGCUGUUGUCUUCUACUAAGUUGUAUGUGUGAGGAAAUCCUCUGGUUGUCCAUCCUUACAAAGGACCUAACACAGGAGUCCCUUACCAAGACGAUGCUGUUUGACAUAUUUCUACACACAGGUAGAAAGUAACAUGUUGGCCGGUUUCUUGCUAGUGAGACCUGUGACUGAAAAGGAUUGUGUUGGUGGUUUUCCUUGGCCUUGUAUUUCCGUAUAGCUGUGAGUCAGCAUGUUGGGGUUUCUGGCUGUAGUGAGUUGGAGAUUAAAGAACUAGAGGAGACAGAAAGCCCCGAUCCCAAAGGAUCCUUUUAUUUGGCUCACAAUAUUUUUGGCUUCUUUUGCUAAAUUUUGUAGAAAUUGUUCUGUGCUGACCUAAUUUUCUUUAUUGCAGACCAUUCCUGUGGGCUUCACCUGAGAAUUCUGUUCCAAUUAAAGAGUGUUGGAGGGAAUGCUUCCAUUGACCUAUGUAUUUUCCCUGGUCUUUAAUAUUCUUGAGUACUUGAAAAUACUUUAAAGAAAUUUUGUUUAUGAUCAAAUUUAGGCUUAUUAGAAAUAUCCUAUAUACUUUGCCAUGAUGGUGGUAUAAGUUCUGAAAAAUUACAUGACUAUGAUAAUAGUUUAUGAUGGUUAAAAGUGAGGGCAGAUAAACCUCUGUUGCCAAUGUGGCCUAGCCUGUUCUGAUGACCACAACAGUGUGAUUUCUUUAGUAGAGAAAGUUGUUUUUACAAAUAAACAGUACCACUUUUCUAAAACUAUAUUUUGAAAAAUAAGCUUUUUGUUUAUUAUUUCCCUCUUCUGAUUUUUUAGUGGACAGCUUAACUACAAAGAAUUCAGUGCAGAUAUUUGUGAAGACAGUGUAAGUUUAAAGGGUCUUGUGAUUAAAAACUCACAUUAACAAAAUGUUUGGUGUUUUCACAUUUCAAAUACACGCAUGCAGAUUUUUAGGGAGCAUUUAUUAUCCUUUUGGCUUUUUCUUGUUUUUCUUAUCAUCUUCCUAAGAUUUAGCUAAUACAUGAAUAUAAAUCCCAGAGAAGUGUAAUGAGAGACAAGAGGUGGGAAUGUGCUGCUGUUGCAAGUGAGCCUUGUUCCAUUGUUAAAUUUCAAUGCCUCUCUUCAUUCAGUACCACCUCAUGGGGCUCCAGUGUAAAUGGAUUAUAUGUAUAACUGGUCAUUUGUAUGGUUUUGUAGAUAAAAUGUCCUCACUCCCUUUCUCAUGUAACUGUGCUUAGUGUAUUGGUGUUUUUUUCUUCUAACUUCAGCAGGGUCUUGUAUGUUGUGUCUCUGGUGAUUUGAAAGAGCAGAAAAGACAGAUUUUUUAGAACUGGAAUGACAUAGUUGGAAGUGGCUCAGCUGAUGUGCCCAGAGUGGGACAGACUCCAUGGAAGGCCAGUGGGGCUGCUUUCCAGACUAGACAUAAAGAUUAGUUGCAAACAAAGCUCGUGGAAUUCACUUUUAUUGCCUUUAAAGAAAAAAUUUUAAUUACUUAAAUAAAAUAUAUUGUUUUCUUAGUACAUUUAGACUGUUCAUGUAAUUUUCUGCAUAUAGUUUUCUACUGGGAACCCUAUAGGGUAAUCUAGCUUUCAGCAGCUUUCUCCCAUGCAGAACGGUGAUGUGAAGAGCUGCGUCUCUCCAUUGUAGCUACAGAGAUAGGACAUUUUAUGCUCUUACACUCUCAUCAGAUAGUUUUAUGACAGCUGAUUCCCUGUUAACUAGGAAAUUUCAUACCCUUAUUUUCUCUUUAAAGAAAGUUCUUCUGUUUGUUUCAUUGAGGAAAGCUUCAGAGUCCAGCAUACAAUAACAGCCAUCUAUCCACCAACCUAUAAAUAUCAGCUCGUUAGUUCGUGUGUCUGUUUUGAUUUUAACCCUCAUCAUGGUAUCAUAACACUAAAAACUCACUGGUUCCUUUUUCAGGUUUUGUUUAUUUUUAGUUAUGAUAAAAUGCUCUUGGCAAUAUUUAUCAUCUUAAGCAUUUUUAACUGUACAGUUUGCUGAUGUUGGGUAUAUUCACAUUGUUGUGCAACCAACCUAUAUAAAUAACUCUUUCAUUGCAAAACUGAAACUCUGUACCCACUGAGUUCCCCUCCCCUCCUUAUAGCCACAUUCUGCUUUGUUACUGUUUGACUAAUCUAGAAAGUAUAAAACAUUUAAUUAAAAUUCUUUACCAUUUA